UUGACAUUAUUAUGUUGUAUUUUUGUAUUGUUUUUCCAGCAUAGUUCAAAAAGUUAUAAAAAAUUUUUUUCGUGUUUAAAAAAAUAAUCUAAAAUGGGAAACCAGCUAGUUGGCAUUGCGCCUCCAGAAAUAUAUCCAGUAGAACAUUAUUUUCCAGGGACUUUUGGAAAUGAACUAUUAUUUGAUUCUAGUAUGGGAAGCACUAGGUUUUUUAAAGUAGCAAGAGCAAAAUGUUCUGAAGGGUUGGCAGUUGUAAAAGUUUUUGUCAUUCAUGAUCCUUCUCUUCCACUGGAACAGCAUAAAAAACGAAUAGAGCUAAUAAAAAAAACUCUUGCUAAUGCUGUGAAUUGCUUACCUUUUCAAAGAAUCGAGUUAACAGAUAAAGCAGGAUACAUUAUGAGAGAAUAUGUAAAACAUAGCUUAUACGACAGAGUUUCAACAAGACCUUUUUUAUCAAUAUUGGAAAAAAAGUGGAUUACUUUCCAAAUUCUUUGUGCUCUAAAUCAAUGUCAUAAACAGAAAAUAUGUCACGGUGAUAUAAAAUUAGAAAACAUAUUGAUAACAUCUUGGAAUUGGAUAUUGCUUUCCGACUUUGCAUCCUUUAAGCCAACUUAUCUGCCUGAAGACAAUCCGGCAGAUUACACUUAUUUUUUUGACACUAGUCGGAGAAGAACUUGUUACAUAGCACCAGAAAGAUUUGUAAAAACUAUAGAUGUUGCACAAGACAAAGAUAUGCCACUGGUAACUGAUUCAAUACUAUUACCAUCUGGUUCACUAGUUAGAACUGGUCCUUAUCAUUCAGGAGCUUUACUACCAGAAAUGGAUAUUUUUUCGGCGGGAUGUGCCCUUCUGGAACUUUGGACAGAGGGAACUGCACCAUUUGAAUUUUCUCAGUUGUUAGCUUACAGUAAAGGUGAAAAGGAUUUAGUAAAAAAACAUCUUCAAAGAAUCGAAAAUGAAAAUCUGCGAAGUCUGCUGUCUUCAAUGUUACAUUUAAAUCCAAAAGAACGAAGAAGUGCGGAAGUUUACUUAGAUCAAGAAAGAGGAAAUUUAUUUCCAGAAUACUUUUACUCCUUUUUGCAGUCUUAUUUGCAAAUGUUUUCUUCACUUCCAAUAAUGUCAGCAGACGAUAAAAUAUUACGGCUUUACUCUGAUAUUGAUCAUUGCGUUCAAGUUUUAACUAAUCAAUCAAAACUAAAAAGAGAAUCAAUUAAAAAUAAUAAAAAUGCACAGGAAACUUGUUAUUGUAUUCCUGAACAUGAUGGCUUGAUAUUAAUCAUAACAGUUGUAACAUCGUGCAUAAGAGGUCUUAAUCAUUGUCACACUAAAAUUUGUUGUCUUGAGAUACUGCAAAAAUUAUCAGAGUUCACAAUUUCAGAAACUAUUUUAGAUAGAAUUUUGCCGUAUAUUCUUCACUUAGCACAAGAUUCUUCAUCAUUAGUUCAAGCGCAAGCGGUGGAUACUUUGACAAAUUGUUUGAGCAUGGUAAAAGAUAUACCAAGAAGUGAUGCUAAUAUUUUUCCAGAGUAUAUAUUACCCGCUAUUGCAUCGUUAUCUGCGGAUCCUUCUACUAUUGUGAGAGUUUCGUAUGCCAGAAAUAUAGCGAAAUUGGCAAAGACAGCUGUUUAUUUCUUAGAAGAAACACAAAGAAAUGCUCCUAACGACUUAUCAACACAACGAUAUGAAGCCGAACUUAAUGCUUUGCACGAAAUUAUCCAACAAACAGUUCUAAGUUUAUUAACUGACCAGCAGUCCGUUGUUAAACAAACUUUAAUAGAAUCAGGAAUUUGUGAUUUGUGUGCAUUUUUUGGCAAACAGAAAGCAAACGAUGUCAUAUUAUCACACAUCAUUACAUUUCUUAAUGACAAAGAAGAUAAACAUUUGCGUGGAUCCUUUUUCGAAAGUAUUGUUGGAGUAGUUGGAUAUGUAGGAUGGCAAUCAUCGGACAUAAUUAUUCCACUUCUUCAACAAGGCUUAACAGACAGUGAAGAAUUUGUAAUUGCGAAAGCAAUAAGAACCACAACAGCUUUGAUUGAUAUGGGUCACCUACAAAAGCAUGCCAUAAUAGAGUUUAUUUCAGAAAGCGCCUGCUAUUUAAACCAUCCAAAUUUGUGGAUACGGCAUGAGAUGUGUGGAUUAAUUUCAACCACUGCCCGGAAGUUAUCUUCAAUUGAUGUUCAAUGCAGAAUAAUGCCUGUAAUAACAAAUUUUAUAAAAACUCCGCUAAUUCAAGUUGAAAAGCCCGAAAUAAUUUUGGAUUGUCUCAAUCCUGCUGUACCUAGAAGAAUUUUUGAUAGUGUUGUAAAAUUUAACGAUAUAAAUACCCUUUUCAAAGUGUUGGAAGAAAGGAAAGAUAUCCGAAACCAAAUUCCAUCUGGCAGCACACCAGAAUACGGUGAAAUGAAUACAGCAAUAAAAAACCUUUUUCGACGCUUGAGCUCCGAAGGCCUUACAGAAUUUGUAGAACUUCAACUAUUAUCUAUGCAAACAUUUUUAAUAAAACUAAAUAAAUAUAAAAAUAUUGAAUCAAAACAUGCAAAAAAUGGCCAAAUAAAUUUACGUCGGAAAAAUAUAAAUUGCCAUGAAUUUCCUUUGCGCGGCGAAAAAUGGUUGCAGAACGACGGUAUUGCACGCAAACUUAGAGUUCCCGAUAGUGGGAAUGAUAAUAUUGCUCCUCAUACAAACCUUAACUGGCAACACAUUGACGAGCAUCGGGCAAGUAUACCUCCGUCACUAUCUCAUGAAUCUAUUUAUUUGAACAAUCAAGCAGCUCCACCUAAUCAAUGUGUUAUAACCCCCAAUUCUGCACUAUUCGAAUAUAGUUUACCGGAAAGAAAUUUUUGGCAAGAACAUUCUUCAGAAUGCCGCCAACAACUGGAUAAAUUAAAGACUAAAUUUAAAUCCCGAUACUCAGCUUUAGCAUCAAAUCAAGAAUAUGACACUCCUAGAUUUUGUUCUCCAAUUCCAUCAGGUUGGCGUAUGAAUGGAAGCUUGGUUGCUCAUUUACAUGAACAUAGCGCCUCUGUUACCAAAAUAGUUGCAUUGAAGCCUGGAACUUUAUUUGCUAGUGGAAGUAUUGAUGGUACUGUGCGACUCUGGGAUUGCAACAAAUUAAAUGGAAAUCAAACAAUCAAUAAAUCAAGACAAAUGUAUUUAGCAAAAACACCCGUAUAUUCAAUAGCACCAUGUGAUGGUGGACAAUCCCUUGCAGUGGGUGGAAAAGAUUCAAGUCUUGUAAUUUUACGAAUAGAUAGAAAUUCAUCUAAAAUGGCUUUACAAACAGCUAUCUAUUUAGACGAAAACAAAAAUGGACAUGACGAAGGCUCGAUUGUUGACAUGCAACCUUUUGAACAAAAUUGCUCUAGUUUGAUUGUGUUCGCCACAUUGUAUGGAAAUAUAAUAGCUUGGGAUAUGAGAAUGCAAGACAGUGUGUGGAAACUUCAAAAUGAAUUGAAACAUGGAGUUAUUACAACAAUUUGCGCAGAUCCUAGCGGGUCCUGGUUAGCUGCUGGUACAAGUGGGGGGAAACAUAUAUGUUGGGACUUGAGAUUUCGCUUACCUAUAGCAGAAAUACGGCAUCCUUCCGAUUCUUGGAUAAGAAAAAUUACUUGCCAUCCAACAGAACCCUCAUGUCUAAUAUCAGCUUCACAAUCGAAUAAUGAGGUUUCAAUUUGGAAUAUUGAAACCGGCCACAGGCAAACUGUUUUAUGGGCGAGUGCUGCUCCAGUUCUUUCAAACACUAGUAUGAAUAAUCCAUCAACAAGUUGUGGAAUUUUAACAGGUGUGGUAGAUGAAUGUCCGUUCAUUUUAACGGGUAGCUCAGAUCAAAGAAUACGGUACUGGGACCUGGUUUCCCCCGAAAACUCUUCAUUGAUUGUUCCCUCUUCCAAGGACCAAAUGACAGAUAUAUCUUUUGUUUAUGAUACGGGUUUAAUUGAUGGUAGUAGGGUGAUACAAGAAAAAAUUAUACGUUUGGGCAAUUCCGAAUUAGCAACUAGAAAUUCUGAAGAACAACCAAGAUGUGGACCCGAAAUGCCAACAUCAAGUCAUAACGAUGGCAUUACUGAUUUAUUAAUGUGCAAAACAGAAAAACAUCAAAAUUUAAUCGUUUCUUCUUCCCGCGAUGGAGUUAUAAAAAUAUGGAAAUAAACCUAAUCUGUGAUUCUUUUUUAGUUAUCAUAUAUACAUAUGUAUGUCUACUCGCAUAUUAAAUUAAUUAAUUAAAUUUAAAAAAA